UAUUAUUAUAGGGCAUCAUUUAAUUUAAGCUACCUAGAUUCCUAAAAUGCAGCUGAUCAAGAAGAGCACUGCAGGAGAAGCAGCAUGGCCCGUUGUCGAACGCGAAUUGCUUGAACCACGUCACUGUAAGCCAAGAGAGGGCAUGCAUUGUGCACAUCUAGAGGUAUCAGUUUGUGCUGCCAUUGAUGGCACAUGGGUGAUGCCGGGAAUUCCAACUGUCGGGGUUCUCUAGGUGGUGAUUGAACUAAGGACGAGGCAAUCGCGUCCUGGUGCCCUUCGUCGAAUGUACGUCGGUGGGCUCUCGGUCGUUCAAUGGUGUGCAAGCUAAGGCGUUGAUCUGACAGUAAGCAAAGAACAAAGGCUGAUUCAAAGAUCGCUGUGAGGGUGUGCGCAAAGUAGCUGGCAGGGGUUCUGCGCCUAAGUUGGGCCCUGUAGCAGGAAAGAAUUGGGCGUUGUAGUACAAAGAAGCGCAAGCGCAAGGCGCAAAGGCAUCGUUUCAAGAGAUUUUUUGGCAAGCCAGCAUUCAAUCGGUCCUUGCAAUCAAAUCGCGCCAUGGCUUCCCGAGCAGCUGUUGCCUGGGGCACCCCAGCCUGCCGCAAGCUCGUGUCUCUCCGCAUUGCUGAUCGUCAAGUCUCCACCAGCCAAACAUCAGCUUUCACUGGGCUCCGUCUCACUGCCCCCAAACCUCGUUUCUUGCUUCACAUCAACCCACAUGCCCGCAAAAUCCAUGCCCGUGCAACUGUCGCGGCCCCGCCCCCACGAAUCAAUCCAGCAAAAGAACAGUACGAAUGGGACCGGCCAGAGCAACUAGAGGAGUCACGCCCCGCGCCCGUCACGUCUCCUCUUCCCCAAGGUGCUCGCAGCACUGCAAACAGGGACCUGCCCAGCUAUGCUGAGUUUGUGGAAGCGGGGUCGACUCUGGGCCUUCCUUCCCGGUUGAACUGGACCCCCGUCCAGUUGCCGCGCUCGGCCGCGCAGGUGUUUGAGGCGCUGAGCUCAGCGGCCCUGUGGGAGACGUUGUCUGCCCCACAGUCGGCGGUGCAGGCGCUCUAUGGGGCUGCCCGGACGCUUUACUUUGUGGCGCAGGGUUUGUCUGUGGCUUCUAGCGCGGGGGUGACUGUUGGGCCCAUCAACAAAGACAGUCAGAUCACGGUCCAAGCCAUGCUGGACUUGUACAACAAGGGUGCGCACCGCCUGCUGGGAAGCAUCAUGGAGCUGUACCGAAUGGACACCGAAAACGUCAGGCGCGGCAUCUACCGGCGUCCGCACGACAUGGACCCCCGCCACCGUCAGUGGCGCCCCACCAUGUGGAAGGAGAGCAACGAUCGACUCAAGGAGUUUACGUCCGAAUUCAAAGAACGGCAGGCCCGGCAGGGGCGUAAGGAGGUGCUGCAGACGGCGCAGGACGCGAGCGACCUGAGCCGGUACCCCGAGUAUUAUCUGCAGAACUUCCACUUCCAGUCGGACGGCUGGCUCUCGGACGCAUCUGCGCAGGUGUACGAGUACAGCACCGAGACACUCUUUUCCGGGUCGCAGGACGCCAUGCAGCGGCAGACGCUGGUCCCGCUCCACUACUACAUGCGUGGCCGUAACGAGGCGGACGUCCGCAUGAUGGACGUCGCGUGCGGCACCGGACGCUUCCUCACCUUCCUCAAGGACAAUUAUCCGCGGGCUAAGGUCUACGGGUUGGAUUUGAGCCCGUACUAUCUGAAGGCUGCCAAGAAGAAUAUGGACUAUUUUGCUGAGUUUGACCGGAGGGUUAAUGGCUACCGGGGCUUGACCAAAGCCGAGUACAUCCAGGGCAACGCGGAGCAGCUGCCCGUCGCAGACAGUUCCCUCGACGUCAUUACGUGCGUGUACCUAUUCCACGAGCUGCCCCCCAAGGCGAGAAGGAACGUGGUCCGGGAUGCCGCCCGGGCGCUGAAGCCGGGGGGAAUCUUCGUGUGGGCUGACUCCAUGCAGAGAGGAGAUCGGCCCGAAGCGGACAGCAAUCUGAAGUAUUUCCCCAAGAACUACCACGAGCCGUACUACAUGAGCUUCGUCGACACGGACUUCAAGCGCUUAUUCGCUGACGUCGGCAUGCGCCACGAGAGCACCGUCCUGGCGCACGUCACCAAGGUUAUGUGCUUCAGGAAGAUGUGACGUGUCUGACGAACGCCAAAGGCUGGAUAUGAACUUGGCCGUAUAGAAAUUGCGCUUCGAAAUUGCUCGCUUCGCUGCAUCCUCUUUGUGAAUGUUACCAACGCAAAAUGCGCGCUAAAGGUACGGAAGAAACGUAGUGUACAGGAGUUCCAGGUUCGCAAACACGUAAUGGAAAAUAUUAUUGUGAAGGGACAUAUAGUUACUUAGAGCAUUCUUUCAAUCUUUGUUCGUAGGAAAUGGUCAGUGGACGGGACCUACAAGCAAUGGCUUGCUUGGGUUGAUUUUUUGGAAGGAUUCUCGAGAUCGCCUUGCAAACCGUCAAGGACGAUAGGAAUCUUGUAUAAUGUUCUAUAGGUUGUAAACCUACCCACACAGUGGGCGGACAGAAGGUGACGAUUCGGAAUCGUAG